CGGGAAGGGAGUGAAAAGAGAUAAUUGUUGAAGAAUACAACCGUCUAAAAUGCAGGAAAUCUCGGUGGACAAACAAGUUGAUUCGGGCAAGACGGACAAUGAAGGCACUGAAAACCGAGCGCUUAUAAAGGUGAAAGACGCCUUAUACUCUGUUAAAGUUUCCCGACACGAUGCAACCGAAGUUCAGCGCGAGAUUGAAGGAGAAUUAUUCGACAAAUGGCAUGAAGGAUGCGAGGUAAUGGAGGCCAAGGGAAUAAAGUUUAGUGACGUGCCCAAAUUCCUUGAUCACAUGCGAGAGGCCUAUCAAGGGAUUGACGCAGAUGCGAGAAAGAAAAUGGAUGGAAUUCGGUGGACAGAUGAGUGGGCUUAUAAAAUCAUCGAAUUAAAGUAUAAUAAUAGUUCCAGUGAUUCCUCGGCGAGAUAUGGAAUGAUAGCAUUUAGCAAGUCCAACGAUGGAGGAAUCGUGCGUGUUGAUUGCAUGUACUGCCUCUACAAGCUCGACUUCGACGUUGCGCCACAACGAAUUGUUACGACAGCCGAAGAGACGCUUCAGGAAAGUGUACCUGGAAUAAAGUCUCCUUGGCGUAUCAAGAAUUUCUUUCGCUACAAGGCAUUGGAAGGUUUUUACAAAGAAGGUCUCAUCGAUCGUAUCAAUAUUGUUCCUUCUAUCGAAGAUGUGCACAAGGAAGAAAACAAGUGGUAA